AUGGAUUCAUUAGCCUCUCUCGCGAAGCGUGUCAAUGUCAUCGUCUCGGCCUCAACCACUUCGAAAGAAUUGGCCGAGAUGCAAAGAGAUCCAUGGUCAAAAUCGGCAAAAUACGGAUAUGGCUUCGUCUAUUUUGCGAUCAUAUUACUGGUCAUCACAUCUCUUAUUCGAUUCUGGCAUAUAUGGGGAGAUAAAAUUCGCAUCGCGAAGUUCAAAGAACAGCGACCGCAAUUCACCUUGAACAGCUCCAAUCACAGUACCUCAUCGCCGGAUGAAUACGAGCUUCCCAGUGCAGGUACUGACGCUUCGAGCGCGAAUUUCUUCGCUUCACAGCCUCUUCCCCCACCGCCCAAAAGACGAGAAUCGAUUUUCCAACGAAUUAUUCCGUUGCAACGGGUGGUUGCACUGAUGCGCUGGGUUUUCUAUCGGCCUAUGCCUGUUAUCCGGGUUGGCAAAUUGGAAUUCGUCUUCCCUUCUCUGGCAGUGACGGUGAUCGUGUUCGCUGCAUUAAUUUUCGUGACGCUAUACUGCUUUGUGCCUCAACCACUGUACUACUGGAUCGCCUCCCUGGCCAUUCGAGCGGGCAUGCUUGCCGUUGCGAUGGUCCCAUGGAUCGUCGCACUCAGCACGAAGGCGAACAUUAUUUCACUAUUAACGGGGCUGGGCCCUGAGCGGUUGAAUGGACUACACCGUUGGUCGGCCUACAUCUGCCUGUUUUUGAGCCUGGUACACAUGGUUCCCUUCUAUGUCACUCCGAUUUGGAAAGACGGGGCCAUCAUCAACUACAGCAAGUUCGUUACUCCUAACAUGUACGUGUAUGGAACUGGCCUUGCAGCAAUUACGCCAUUAUUCGUUCUAUGUGUUCAUUCACUUCCUUUUCUUCGGCACUGGAUGUAUGAGCUGUUCGUCAUUGUCCACAUACCUGUGUCCUGGAUCUUUGUGGCCAUGUUGUUUUGGCAUACCAAGAACUUCCUUUCGUCUUGGGGCUAUCUUUGGACCACAGUCGUUAUUUGGAUCACAACAUAUAUUGCUCGGCUUUUCUAUCUGAACUGGACCAACCCAUUCCGUCUCUCGUCAUUUUUGAUUGGAGAGGAAUCCGCCAUCACCGUGCUUCCCCAGGGAGCCCUCAAAGUGACGAUCCCGACCAAGAUGCGCUGGAGGCCUGGUCAGUACGUCUACCUCCGCAUGCCUAGUGUUGCGUUCUUCGACAACCACCCAUUCACGAUUGCUUCUCUGUGUAGCGAUGACUUUCCGUCUGCGUACGGCGAAAAGUAUCGCGACUGCACCCUUGUCUUUCGACCAUUCAAAGGCUUUACUCACAAAGUUCUCAAAAAGGCUUUGGAAAAUGGUCCGUUCAAAACAUACACGGCAUUUUUGGAAGGCCCAUAUGGGGGCAUGCAGCGAGAAAUGGCUGCUUUUGACGAUGUGAUAUUCUUUGCAGGAGGUAGUGGGAUUACCGCGAUCGCCAGUCAGCUCCUUGAUCUGAUCAAGAAGAUCCGAGAUGGUAAGGCAAUCACCAGGUCAGUGAAGGUGAUCUGGGCUCUGAAAACCCCGGAGACCAUGGAGUGGUUCCAAGAGGAACUUCGCAUUUGUCGAGACCAUGCACCAGUCAAUGUCCUCCAGUGCCACUUCUUCCUGACUGGAGUCCAAGUGGAUCAAGCCGGCCGUGAUUUGGUCCAGGAAAAGAUUUAUGAUAUGCUUCAAGGCAUCGACAAGCGCAACUCCGCAUACAUUCGCGAAGAAGCCGCGGGUGAUGCACAGAGAGAAAAGGAGCUUCGUCAUGAAAAUCAAGACGGACUUGCCGCUCUUCCUGGUGUAUACACAGCGCCUCAUGUUCCCAAUACUCGUCACUAUUAUCAACCGUAUAUGAACCCAAGUGCUUCGAAUUCUUCAUCAGCAUCCAAUAGCAAUAUUCCUUUUGAUUUUGGAUUCGGCAGCCCACAACCAAAGCCGCAGAAGGCUCCGACUCCACGCUACGCCGUGUUCCAUCCCUCGCAGAGAAGGGAAAAAUUGGCGGACGGACUAUUUCCGUCCAAAUGUUGCAGAUAUGCUGAAUGA